AUGAAGGUCAUAUUUCCUGCUCUGGAUAUACAUGUGAAGAAUGUGGCCAGGACUUACUCCCUAGAACACGAAGGAGAGGGUUUUUUAUUCGAUCAGUUGUUUGAGUUGUUGAACUCACAAAUUCAAAAUGAAGAACACUACAGGGGGGAAUUGGCCUCAUGCGUGGGAGCUCUUCAAACAUCAAUUAGUCAGCACUUGUCCAAGGAGGAGGAACAGGUCUUCCCUUUGCUUAUUGAGAAGUUUUCCUUUGACGAACAGGCAUCGUUAGUAUGGCAGUUUCUGUGCAGCAUCCCUGUUAACAUGAUGGCCGAGUUUCUUCCCUGGUUCUUCUCUUCCGUAUCACCUGAGGAAUAUGAGGAUAUGCUUGAAUGCUUGCGUAAGAUAAUCCCUGAAGAAAAGCUUCUUCAACAGGUUAUCUUUUCCUGGAUUGAAGGGGUGAAAAUGCAUGAUUCUAGUAAGAGUAAUGGGAACAAUUGUAACUAUGUCCCAUCAUUGCAAGUCUCUGAAUCUAAGAUGUUGAGCAAUCCGGCUGAGAACGAUGACUGCGCAGUUAAAUCUUCAAAGAGUGGUAAAAGGAAAUUUGGAGAGGCGAAACUUGACCCUGAUGAUUCUGUUAUGAUUCAUCCUAUAGAUGAAAUCUUGUUCUGGCAUAAUGCAAUAAGAAGAGAGUUGAAUGAUAUAGCUGAGGCAGCCAAAAGACUACAAUUUUCUGGAGGUUUUUCUGACUUUUCUGCAUUUAACAAGAAGCUGCGUUUUAUUGCCGAAGUUUGUAUAUUUCAUAGCGUGGCUGAGGACAAAGUUAUCUUCCCUGCUGUAGAUUUAGAACUCUCUUUUGCUGAGGAGCAUGCUGAAGAAGAGAUACAAUUUGAUCGGCUUAGGUGUUUGAUUGAAAGUAUUCAGACUGAUGGAGCCAACUCAUCUUCUGCUGAAUUUAAUACAGAGUUGUGCUUACACGCCGAUCAGAUGAUAGACUCCAUCAAGAAGCACUUCCAGAAUGAGGAACUUCAGGUACUACCUUUAGCCAGAAAGCAUUUCAGCCCCAAGCAGCAGCAAGAACUUCUGUACCAGAGCUUAUGCGUGAUGCCAUUGAGAUUAAUUGAGUCAGUCUUACCGUGGCUGAUUGGAUCCCUGAGCGAAGAAGAAGCACAGUCAUUUCUUCAGAAUAUGCAUAUGGCAGCUCCAUUCUCGGAUUCUGCGCUGGUUACACUUUUUUCUGGUUGGGCAUGGAAAGGCCAUUCCAAAAAGUGGUCGUCUUCUAGUGCAACUGGAUGUCCUGCCAAAAGAUUGACAGGGAGCAGCAUGGAGAGAGAUGGUCUAUUUUAUAGGUGCAUUUCAUUGUCAUAUGCUGAUGUGUUAACUUCACUUGGUUGUGAAGAUGAGGCACAUACUUGUGAAAGGCUAAUCAAGCGAGGCAACAAACUUUGUCACAGAGACAGUGAUGCUCAUCAAAUUAGAGGACUUCAUUAUAGCCAUACGUUGUCUGGUGAUGAUCAAACUUGUGUACCUGAGUUAGGAGUGAAUUCUAAUAAGCUCAGAGUUGGUUAUCUUGCUGCCGCAAAAUCAACAAAAGCUCUGUGGUCCUCAUCUUUUGACAAAUGUGCUCCGCCCCUCAAGUCCAGUCUUUUUAACUGGGAAACGGAUAUAUGCUCUGCCGAAGUUGGAAAUGCUAAUCGUCCCACGGACAAUAUAUUUAAAUUUCAUAAAGCCAUUCGCAAGGACUUAGAAUAUCUGGAUGUUGAAUCUGAAAAACUUAAGACCUGUGAUGGCACUUUCCUAAGGGAGUUUACUGGUAGAUUCCAAUUAUUGCGGGGCUUAUAUAAAGCCCAUAGUAAUGCAGAGGAUGAGAUACUAUUUCCAGCUAUAGAAUCCAAAGAGACUCUUCACAAUGUGAGUCACUCCUACACUUUAGACCAUAAGCAGGAAGAGAAACUUUUCGAAGAUAUUUUGGCUACACUUUCAGAGCUCACACAAUGUCAUGAAUGCUUGAACAGUGAACUUUUGUCAGAUAAUUCAGAUGGAAGAAACUCUCUGUCUAUUUAUCACCACGAGACCAUGAGUAAGUACACUGAGCUGGCCACCAAACUUCAAGGCAUGUGCAGAUCCAUCAAGGUUACUUUGGAUCAACAUCUUUUUCGAGAAGAACUUGAGCUAUGGCCAUUAUUUAAUAUAUAUUUCUCAGUUGAGGAACAAGAAAAACUAGUUGGUAGGAUAAUUGGUACUAUGGGUGCAGAGGUUCUCCAGUCUAUGUUGCCAUGGGUGACUUCUGCUCUCACCCAGGCGGAGCAAAACUAUAUGAUGGACACGUGGAAGCAGGCAACUAAAAACACCAUGUUCAGUGAAUGGCUUAAUGAAUGGUGGGAGGGAGUUGCUGUUACAACUGUGCAUACAGCUUCAUCGGAGAUGUUAAACAUAAUAUGUAAUUUAGGUGCUGAUUUUUGUGGAAGCUUGGAUCGUAGUGAAACAUUCAAGCCUGGAUGGAAGGAUAUCUUCCGAAUGAAUCAAAGUGAACUUGAAUCAGAGAUAAGAAAAGUUUCUAGGGAUUCAACUCUUGACCCAAGAAGAAAGGCAUAUCUUAUUCAACAUCUGAUGACCAGUCGCUGGACAGCCGCUCAACAAAAACCACCUGAAGCUGUUGCUGAAAAUUCUACAAGUGAUGAACUUCAGGGACGUUGUCCAUCAUUUCGAGAUUCAGAGAAACAGGUGUUUGGUUGUGAGCAUUACAAGAGAAACUACAAGCUUCGUGCUGCCUGCUAUGGCAAGUUGUAUGCACGCAGAUUCUGCCAUGAUAAUGUCAGUGACCAUGCCAUGGACAGGAAAGCCACUGCUGAAAUGAUGUGCAUGCAUUGCCUUAGGAUUCAGCCAAUUGGACAAAUUUGUGCAACACCUUCAUGCGAUGGUCUCUCAAUGGCAAAAUACUACUGUAGCAUAUGUAAAUUUUUUGAUGAUGAAAGGAAUAUUUACCACUGCCCUUUUUGUAAUUUAUGCCGUCUUGGGAAGGGUCUUGGGGUCGAUGUUUUUCAUUGCAUGACUUGCAACUGUUGUUUGGGGAUGAAGUUGGUUGACCAUAAGUGCCGAGAAAAAGGUUUGGAGACAAAUUGCCCAAUCUGCUGUGAUUUUUUAUUCACAUCGAGUGCAACUGUGAAAGGACUUCCCUGUGGCCAUUUCAUGCAUUCAGCUUGCUUCCAGGCAUACACAUGCAGCCACUAUUAUGUCUGCCCAAUUUGCAGUAAAUCCUUGGGAGAUAUGGCGGUUUACUUUGGCAUGCUUGAUGCAUUGUUAGCCUCAGAAGUGCUUCCAGAAGAAUACCGGGAUCGCUCCCAGGAUAUACUGUGCAACGAUUGCCAUAAAAAGGGGACGUCGCCGUUCCACUGGCUACACCAUAAGUGUGGUUUCUGCGGAUCCUACAACACCCGGGUUAUUAAGGUCGAUACAUCACACGCGCAUUGCUCGACAUCACAUUAGAUCGAAAUCUCUCGAGCAUUUCUCGUCUACCAAUUCUCACAUGGCAAUCAAUGUACAUCGUUCGCCAUCAAAAUGGGAUCCACCCCGUCCCUUCUCUCUUUCAUAUUCAUUUAGCAUUGAGGUGGAAACUGGUUUUGUGGUCCCCUGCUUUUGUGUAGGCCUUAAUACAUGCCAAAUUUUUUACUAUCAUGUGAUCAAUCCAGAAAUGAAAUGGAGAAGACCAAGAGUUCAUUUUA